GGUGGGUGAGUGUACCGCCAAGGAGGUUGCCGGUUAGCCCACUGCAGGACCCGCCAUAGACUGUAAACAUCCAGCCAUAUUAUUGUCUGGACUUGGCUCUCGGCGAAGUAACGGCCGCUGACGCCUGCCCAGAGACUCUCUGCGGGCUAGUCAGCGGAAAUUUCCCCUUAUUCAACCCCUGUUCCAGGGCAGCGAAAGAAAUCUGUGACCAGAAGCAAAAUACUGCAGAUGCUGGAAAUCUGAAAUAAUAAGAAAGAAAAUGCUGGGUUCUGAUGAUCUGAAACAUUGUGUUUGGCAUUUGUGGCUAGUGAACAGGAUAGGCAACAAUGAGGCUUUUCAACCCUGUACAAAUUUAAGUGAGAUACAAAGCAGGAAAUAUAAAUUAAAUUUAAAUGGUCUGGAAAGUGAAAUGACGUUUGGGAAAUGCAGAGAUAAAAAAUUAUUUUGGGAAAUGCAGAUGGGAUUAAGGAUUGUGGAAUCUGAGCCUUUGUUUGAAAUUAUUAGUUCUACACCAAGAACAGAAAGAAAAUGAGUUCUGUCGAAGGGUCAUGAGGACUCGAAACGUCAACUCUUUUCUUCUCUGCCGAUGCUGCCAGACCUGCUGAGUUUUUCCAGCUAUGAGAAGCCGCCACCAGGGAUGAUAAAGGAAGAUGAUUACAAGCCUGAAGAUUGUAUUCCAGACCUACCAGGCAAUGAAGGAGCAAGAGAUUUCCUGGCACAUGCUCCUACUAAAGGACUUUGGAUGCCAUUGGGGAAAGAAGUGAAAGUCAUGCAGUGCUGGAGAUGCAAAAAUUUUGGACACAGAACUGGGGAUAGGGAAUGUCCCUAUUUCAUCAGUGGAAAUCAGAAAUUGGAACAGUUCAGAGUAGCACAUGAAGAUCCCAUGUAUGACUUGAUCAGAGAAAACAAACGGUUUGAAAAGGAAACAAGGAUACAACAGCUGAAACAGAUGUUAGAGGACACUACGUCAGACAGUAAGAGUUCCAGCUCCUCAGAUUCUGGAACUCGACACCGAAAGAAGAGAAAGAGGAAAGAGAAGAAGAGAAAGGAGAAGAAGAAGGCGAAAAAGAAGAAACACAAGGCUAGAAAAUCAAGUGACAGCUCAGAAUAAGAGAAAAGACUUGAAUGUCAUGUUUUUUUUUAUAUAAAGAAAUGUUAUAUCCAUUGAGUUUAUUUUGAACAGCUGUGUAAGUUGUGGGGAAAAGCCGUAAAAACAAUAAAACUGGUUCCUGAACUUGAUUAAUAUUAACAUGCUUCCCUUUACAAUAUGGUAUACAGACAUUUAAUUCACAUUUCCAGCUAUUGAACACCUGGCUAAUUUGCCAGAUCAAGGCAAAAGCAAAAAACUGCGGAUGCUAGAAAUCCAAAACAAAAACAAAAAUACCUGGAAAAACUCAGCAUGUCUGACAGCAUCUGCGGAGAGGAAUACAGUUAAUGUUUCGAGUCCGU